CUUUCCGCCCUCGAUUACAGGAGAAAUAAAAAUGGCGGUAGGCUAUUACAACAGAAAAGACAUGACAACAAAGUACACGUUUUACUCAAACAGGCCUGCUGUCGCCGUAGCUCCUCCGUGAGUUAAGUAAUGAGCUUAAGUGGCCGUGUAACUGUAGUUUAUUGCUGGCUAAAUGAGCGGGAAGGGAAACUAACGGUCCGGCUGCGCCGCCGCCUCACCUGCGUCGCACCCGUCUCCUUGGAUACAACGCGCGCGCACCGCCGUGCGUCAUCUACCUCGCGCCGCCCGCUUUGCGAAUGAGUGGGACGUUACACGGUGCCCGUGCCACUGGUGCUCUCCGCGGCGCCGUUACCAAGGGGCGAGUGAAACAUAGUGAUGAGCGACACCUUACUUCUGCGUUCGCAAACACACGAGGGAUGUUUUCCGGGAAUGGGAACAGGACCAAUAACGAAGAACGAGACUCGGUGAGAGGACCGAGCCGAAGAGCGAGGCGGUGACGACACAGAGGUCGAGAGGACAGCCCGAGGGAGAAUCGAUAACAGGGUGUGAGAGAGAGAGAGAGAGAGAGAGAGAGAGAGGGACCGGCCGAUGUGCGCCACUGAAGACCAAAUGAGCUGAGAGAAGUGGCUGCGCGCACGUUUGCGGACUUUUGGUGGACUGCUGCCCGGUCGAUGAGGACCCCCUCUCUGGACAGGUGACAGCAAACCGACUGCCCCAAUGGAGAAAUAUGAAAAGCUGGCCAAGAUUGGCGAGGGCUCCUACGGUGUGGUGUUCAAGUGCAAACACAGGGACACUGGCCAGAUAGUGGCCAUCAAGAAGUUUGUGGAAUCCGAAGACGACCCGGUCAUCAAGAAGAUAGCGCUGAGAGAAAUACGCAUGCUGAAGCUGAAACACGUGAACCUGGUCAACCUGCUGGAGGUCUUCAGGAGGAAACGCCGGCUCCACUUGGUGUUUGAGUUCUGUGAACAGACGGUCCUCAACGAGCUGGACAAACACCCUCGAGGAGUACCUGAGGCGCAGCUGAAAAGCAUAGUGUGGCAGACUCUGCAGGCUGUUAACUUCUGCCACAAGCACAAUUGCAUCCACCGCGAUGUGAAGCCAGAGAACAUCCUCCUGACCAAAACCGGAGUCAUCAAGCUCUGCGACUUUGGCUUCGCCCGCAUCCUGACGGGACCAGAGGAUGACUACACAGACUACGUAGCGACCCGCUGGUACCGGGCCCCUGAACUGCUGGUGGGGGACACUCAGUACGGGCCUCCUGUGGACGUGUGGGCACUGGGCUGUGUUUUCGCAGAGCUGCUCAAUGGGAAUCCACUCUGGCCCGGGAAGUCUGACGUUGAUCAGCUCUACCUCAUCCGAAAAACUCUAGGUGACCUGAUCCCUCGUCACCAGCAGGUGUUCCGCUCUAACGUUUUCUUCAGUGGAGUCAGUAUUCCUGAACCUGACACGACGGAACCUUUGGAAAAGCGCUUCCACGGAGUGUCUCUUCAAGCCCUCCAUGUCAUGAAGUCCUGCCUGGUGAUGGACCCCUCUCUCCGACUGUCCUGUGUAGAACUGCUGGAGCUGCCUUACUUCCAGGAAGAAGGGGGAGCCAACUGGGGCCGCGAGGGUGAGCGCCCAGGAAGACGACACGACAAAGGCUUCCGACGCAGACAGGCAGGGGCACAGUACCUGCCUCAGUUACUGAACAGCAACGUCUCACCAGCACCAGAUGUCAAGAAACAGGUGAAGCACAAAUAUCACCUGCCCAACAUUUAACUAAGCGACCAACUGGUCUUACUUGUGGCUGAACUGAGAGAUGUGGACUUCUGCUAUGAUUUGUAUAAAAGCUUUGAAUACACAUACGGUAUAUUCUUGGUGAGAGAGUCAGAAAGACUAUUUUAAUCUAAACUUAACCACAGACAUCAACUUAAUGUUCUUUACAGAACAAACAAUAGUGGGGACAUUUAGAGUUGCAGGUUAGGCAACACUCAAACACACAGUUUGCACCAAACACAAUUGAAACUGCACUUGCACUAUUCUUUAAAAUCCUAUGCAAUAUCUAAGAAUCACCAGUGUGCCAUCAUCACUUGGACAUAGGUACCAGAGUUCUCUAGUUUUCCAGCACAGUCAAGUUUUAACAACUGAUCCCCGUGUAGGUUCAUAUUGGCUACAGGUUAGGAGUAAUCAAUCUAACAAGUUAAUCAAUAAAACUUGAUUUCAAUAGAAUCUUUUUUCCGAUGUGUUUUAUUGCACAAAUAUAGGAUGACUAAAUGCAUGUAUCUUUAGGUUCAGUGAACAUGUUUGUAUAUUUCUACAAUAUAACCAAAAGAUAGAAAGCAGUCCGCAUCCACACACUGACAGCCUGACACGUCGCUUGAUGGAUCACCUGACCUUGAACUUAUCAAAUUACUGACGUAACCUCUUCGUCAAACCUCACUGUGCUAUGUGCUGUAAACCAGCAGGUCUUAAUCCAGGGUUAGGUGGGUUAACAUAAAAUAUGUCUUGUUUAUCAUUGAAAUAAAAGGUCAUACGAUUCUUU